GACGGGGCCAGUGGCACAUCGACCCACAUUGUAGAAGAAGGCAUAGAGUGGUGGGCUACACAUUCUAUGCCUUCGAUCGACCCGUUGCUAGAUUCGCAAGUUACUCCACCGGAAGGGGUAUCAACAGAUGGCCCUGUGAACGAAUCUACUAUAAUCUGCUAUGGAAUGUUACACCGAUCUGCGGCCAGAGUUGGGGGAAACAUGUUAGACAUGGAGGCAAAACUGAAGGGAAGCUUUGAUUAUCGAAACAACGACUCGUGCAAAUUCGGUAUUAGAAAGAAAGAGGAACAAACAGUUCUCCACUUCCUAGACGGUACAGAGUUUAGCGUGCUUAACAACCACGCUAGCAAAGCCCUAGAGACACUCCUUCAGCGGCCCACUCUCGAAUUUGAAGCGAUUGGCUCUAUUCAAGCAAUACUGGAAACAAUUGAGAGAGUGACCAAAGCGAAUGAUGCUGUGGUCCGUGUUAGCAUUCACAUAUAUGGGCCAAGAGAAUCAAAGGAGGAUAUUGGGAGUCACUUGACGAACCAGAAACUAUAUCUACAACGUCCAGACAAACUUCGAGUCGGUGCAACAUAUGAGAAUCCUCACUUCCUUUCUUUUGCGGACAUGCAAAUAUCGAGCUUUGAAAAUCAAUUGGAUGUGGGAAACAACCGAGCACCAAAAUUAGACGAUCCGGAUAAGUUCAGAGAGACGAUCUCCAAUGUCUAUGCUUCGCUUACGAGGGGUGCGAACCUCAACAGAGAGGAAGGAGAUCGUCGGCUUAAGACGACAUUAUUGCCACACCAAGAGGAAGCACUAUACUUUAUGUUGCAGCGCGAAAAUGGACCAAUUCCUCCAGAUUUUCGGUUGUGGAAGGCAAUGGAGGGAGAGCACGAGGGCUGGUAUCUCCAUGCAGUUACAAAAGCCAAAAAUAGAAAUUUGGCCCCCGAAACUGGUGGAGGAAUUCUUGCCGAUGAGAUGGGGAUGGGGAAGUCGCUUUCCACACUGGCACUUAUCACUAAGACACUCGACAAAGCCUACGACUGGGUAAUAGAGAAGAAGGCAAACCCGGACCCACACACUCGACAGAAGCCUUGCCGAGCUACUCUAGUCGUUGUCCCUUCAGCGAUAUUAAUCAAUGAAUGGUUUCAUGAACUUAGCCUACAUCUCGAUGGAAGCCUCACUACUCUGAGGUACCAUGGACCGAAACGCAAGACACUUCAGCUCGAAGAUGCUGAUAUUGUGCUCACAACAUAUCACACCAUCGUAUCUGAUUUUGGAGACAAAUCGAGUCCUUUGCAUGCAAUGGAAUGGUACCGUGUGGUUUUGGACGAAGCUCAUAUUAUCCGACGACAAGUCACAACCUUCUUCAAAGCUGUAACUGAUCUCAAAGCUAGAUCUCGAUGGUGCCUGACGGGUACACCAAUUCAAAAUAGGCUUGACGAUAUCGGCUCUCUUUUUGCAUUCAUUCGUGCAUCCCCAUUUCAUAACAUCGCUAUGUUCCGGAGAUUUGUCUCAACACCGUUUGAUGAGAGUCUGGAGCGUCGGGAAGUAGCGACGAAGAACUUGACACUCCUGCUCGAAUCUCUAUGCCUAAGACGUGGGAGAGAACUUUUGCAUCUGCCCGACCCAAAGAGCAGAAUCAGGACCAUCGAAUUCUCUGCCGCUGAGAGAGAACAGUACGAGCAGACGAAGAAGAUCAUGAAUCGGGCUCUCCGGCAAAAAGUCGGAGAGUCGUACAGCAAGAGCAUAUUUGGCAUGUUCCAGGUGCAGCUCCAGCUUCGAAUACUAUGCAACCAUGGGACGUAUCAGCACCCGUUCUCAUGGGCUAAAAGAAGCCUGCAGGACGAGAGGGAAGAUGCGUUGAACUCAGUUGAAUACGGUGAGAUUAAUUGCUCUGCUUGCAGGCAGUCCUUACCUGUGCUGGGCUCCAAUAACCUCUACCGAACGUAUCGAGGGAGUUGUGCACAUGUUGUUUGCAGAGAAUGCUUGGAUGAAAACCAACAAGUUGGUGGCGUGACACUUGAUCUGGACAAGAACUGCCCGCUUUGUACGAUCAGCGGGGUACGCACUUCGGUUGUCCGACCCUAUGCUGAGAUACAAGAGCAAAAUGAUUCUUACCUGCGACGAGAAGGCUACUCCUCAAAGAUGAUGGCUUUGAUCUCAGAUGUUAAGGAAGACUUGGACCAGACCAAAAGCAUAAUAUUUUCUUGUUGGACUAAUACUCUAAAUCUGAUCGAGAGAUACCUCAGAGAGGAAAAUAUCUCAUUUUAUCGAAUCGAUGGCGAAAGUCCACUCAACCGUCGACAGCAGAUCCUUGAUGAAUUUUCGAACUCUUCCGCAAUUCCGGUCCUCAUCAUGACGACUGGCACAGGAGCAUUUGGCCUAAACCUCACGACGGCAAAUCGAGUCUUCAUCAUCGAACCCCAAUGGAACCCAAGUGUUGAGAACCAGGCAGUUGCCAGAGCUAUUCGCAUGAACCAGACAAAAUCUGUUCUUGUGACACGGUACAUAAUUAAAGCAACUGUUGAACAGGAAAUGCUCGCGCAGCAGAGGAGAAAGUUGAUGAUUGCGGAGAUUGGCAAUAAUAGCGAAUCACAAGGAACGAACGGAGUAGCAGAAAUCUAAAUAUCACGUCUCGGCGAGUUGGUAUGGGGUCGAUAACUGUUAUCAUCAUUGGUUAACAGCACAGUCUUGCAAAGGUAAUAGAAUAGUUGGAAAGUAUUCAAUAACUAAGAUCAUUCAACGGCGAUUAACUCCUG